AUGAUCAGCUACAGCGCUGCGAUCAGGUCGUGCGAGAAAAGGAAGGCGAAGGCAGAGCCCGUUAUCCCCAGCCUCCUUUCUAGUUUACAGCCCUAUGUGGACAGCUGCAGUGUUGCGAUCGGUACGGGCGAGACCAGGACGCCGAAGCUUGGGCCCUUGCUUCCUUGUCACUGCUCUAGCAGCUGCAGUCGCGGGCCGGCGCUGGCGGGGAGUGAGCCCGACACGAUCAGCAUCAGUGCGGUAGCCAAUACGUGCGAGAAGGCCGCUAUCCAGCGGUGGGAGGCCAGCGAGGAGCGGGCGCGGCUCCUGAGGGACGCCGACGCCCUAAGGGGGGUGGGGCCACAGACAGCGACCAGGCCCUUGAGAACGACUAUAUCGGCUGCAGGAGAUCGUUCGGCGCGGCCGAGCGGCGAUUGCAGCAUCAGUGAUCUGCUGGGGCAGCUCGGGGAAGCCACACGUUCGGCGGCGGCGGCAGCGGGUCCCAGUCCCAGUGUCGCUUCGACCGCUGACAAGCCUCCCGACUGUCAGCAGCAGUGA